AUGGCUGCGGCUGCCGAGGCGGCGCUUGCGCAGACCCAGGAGACGCAGCCGGACGGCUCGCCUGAGACGUCUCUCGAGGAGAGUGCAUCGGCGACAGAAGCGGCUUCUGAGCAGCCUUCCGAAAGCCUGGAGCCUCUGCCUGCAGCGACGAGCUCUGAGGCCGACGCAACUCAGCCGCAGCCUGUUGGGAAGCCGAAGGCGAAGGCGAAGGCCAAAGCCCAAGCUGCUCCGAAAACUGCGGCUGUGAAAAAGAAAGCCAGCAAGGACAAGCUGGCCGAGGCCAAAGCUGCUGCUCGCAAGAGCAAGGCCGCUCAGAACAAAGCAAACUUCGACAAGGCUGUGAAGUCUGGGUCCAAGCAAGCCGACGUGGACCAGGAGAAGCCGCCCAAGAAGCCAGAGCAGCAGAAAGCCGGCCAGAAGACCAAGCCUGCCGACUCGGAGCAGGAGAAGCCCGCCAAGAAGCCCAGGGUUGCCGAGAAGGAGAAGCCCUCGAAGAAGGCGAAGGUCGUGGGCACCAAGAAGGACGACAACGAGGCUGAGAGCGCUGCUGACGGCGCUGCUGCGGAGGACCAGAAGGACGCUGCGCCGAAGACCACGAAGAAGCUCGGCAAGGGCGACAAGGAGGACCCGAAGCCUUCCUCGAAGCAGGCCAAGCCCAAGGAGCGCGUGGCAGCCUUGAAGUCUUGGGCCACUGCAGACAACACCCUGUCUGACGCCGAGCCUGACGACGCGGAGUCUCAGGACGACUCUAGCUCUGCGGGGCCGGCCAAGAGGGACGGCUCAAAGAAGCGCUUCUUCCGCCAAAGGCGAAGCGCAGGCGAACUUCCCCAAAACUUGCUUGACCUCUGGGACAAAGCCGGGAGGACAGAGCAAACAAGGCUCUUGGACAAACUUGUGGUCAGAAAGAAAGGAAAACUUGUCCUCGACUUCGACAACAAGUACCUGCGCCGCAGGCUCCAGAGGUACUCCGAGACCAUCGGAGCCAACAAGUGCAAGGGCGUCACUGAGACGAUAGCCGCAGCUAGGUGCGGCGGCGUGGCCCAGCUGAAAGCUGCUGUCGCCACUGGCGAAGCCAGCGUGGUGAACGAGGGUGGCUGUCGCUACUACGUCUUCAAGGACUACAUGUGCUUGCAUACUUCGCAGCGGGUACGCUCGCGCGGACCCAAAGAGCGCACGUGUGAACUGCUUGCAGCGCCAGCAUUGAACGUACGACUGAGUCAGGAGAUAAGCCUGACGAAGCUGGAGGCGAAGCGCCAGGAGAACCUCCUGGACCAGGGCACGGACUACGUGAACAACUGGGAGCUGCACCUGAGUGCAGGAGACGCCGAGGCUGCAGCCGCUUCUUCAGCCCCGGACGCUGCGCCACCGACCCUCGGCGACUUCGAGAAGGGCAAGCUGCAGGAGUGCCAGGCUGUGCUGUCAACAGCCCGCAACCAAGCCGAGCGAGUCUUCCUGGCAGUUCGAAGCAAGAGCGCAACGGCGCUCAUGCUGAAAGAACAACUUGGCCGCUGCGUCAAGCAGGUGCUUGACACCGCGGCGCAGCUGAAGCAAGUGGAACUCUUUGGAGCGCUGCCGAACCAGCCGCCGUGCAACACCGCCCAGUUGAAGGCCCUGCUGCUGGAAGCUUUUCAACACGUAGAGGCGUUGCAAGAGGCGACGCAGCUGUGCCGCACCCUGGCUGGCGGAGAGAAGCAAGCAGCGCUGGGCAGUGACAAGCAGGCAGGCGCAAGCUGA